UCAGGAGGACUUAUAAGAGAGGGGGGUGAGUCGUUAUCUAUCUUUGGAGGUCGGGCCUCACAGACAGCGAGAAGAGAGAGAAGAGAGAGAGAAGGUGUUCUGUUUGAGAGUGUGAGGAAGGGCAAGCGGAGUGUUCGUCCAAACGUGAGAAGAGAGUGGACCCCUCUUGAGAGAACUGCUAACACCCCUUCCUCCGGCAUGGCAGACAUCACAUCUGCCCAAUGGCAGGUAAUGCUGGACGCAGCAGAUGAGAACGAAAAACCGUUCCUCCAAAAGCUUUAUGAUGAUGCCGUGAAGAGGGAAAGGGAGGUAGAGGCAGCAGCUAGAGCCACCAGCAUUGUUGAUCAGGUGGCCCUCCUUUGGGUCCCGGAAGCGAACGCUGACCGGUUUCAGGAGAAGCUAGCUGCUGCCGUAGCAGCCUUGGUUCGACUGCGGAACUUAGAAGACCUUGAGUCCCGUGUAACAGCACUGGAGCAGCGAAACCAAGAGCUGCAGGCUAAGAUCAUCAGCCUCAAACAGUCCCAACUAUCUGCCCCCUGCCCUCCUAACCCUCGACCUGCUGCAGUCCCAGUCUCUCAAUCUAAGACAACCCUCAUGGCAAGAGCAAGUGGAACUGUGACGGGUGCAAGAACCGGUGCCAGCUCCUCAAGCAGCGGCGCCGACAGUUCUGCACUAGCCAUAGUCCCAAAUGCAGGGACAUCAGCCCAAAACGCGACAGUCCUUACUGGCGUUCAGUACAACGGUCCCGUAGUGGACAAGCGGGCGGCCACCUUGCCGUCCAAGUACGACGGGAAAGCGGAUAUCACUUCUUGGAUUAGUUCCAUGCGUUCAUACUUUGAGGUCAUGCGGACACCGCAAGAAGACCGAAGCAUGAUCAUGGGCACUAAUACUGAGCCCGCCGUACAGAGUCACAUUGAGCUCCAAGCUGUUGUUGCAGGUUAUGAAAGAAUUGACCUGACCGAGUGGCUGAAAGUAACUCCUAUACGCGCCCUUGAGGAUCUUCUCAUCGCACGGUACCAAGAUAAGCAUGCUGCGCUCAAGGCUAGGCUGAAGCUUGAGGCCCUCAAGGGCCAAACAUGGAGGUCCUCCAUGCAAGCUUUGGAACAACACUUGACUGGUCUGUUCACCACUCCAAAUCUGGGAAUGACCGACGUGUCUUGUAUGGAUGUAGUCAUGGGAGUGGCCCCUAAAGAAUACCUCUCCCUGUUAGCACUCAAAGACCAUACCUCCUGGCGAGAGCUCAUGAUGGAUCUAGUCAACCUAGAGACCAAGGACCUCGCCAGGCGGAAGAAGGCGCCCGCUGCAGGUGGAAAACCACAAUGCAAGCGGUAUGGAAGCAGCAACCAGCUUGCCCAGCAUGAACAUCGAGAGGCUGAAGAUCAGUCCUACGUGGAUAAUCUGUCUCUAGAUGACGAUCUAGAGCCGGACUCCGAUAUGGGCUGUUCCACAUCAGCCAUUGACGGGAUUCCCCCGAUGCGCGGUGUUGAGCAUUCUAUCCAUCUCGUGCCUGACUAUCGUGUUCACUAUCAGGCACCGUACCGACUCUCGAUUCCAGAGGCGACGGAACUCAAGCGUCAGCUUGAGAAGCUCCUUCGACUGGGUUUCAUUAAACCGAAUAACUCCCCUUGGGGUGCACCUGUCCUCUUUGCUCGCAAAGCGGACGGAACACUCCGCCUCUGCAUCGACUAUCGCGGCCUUAACUGUUACACGGUUAAGAACAACUAUCCCAUGCCCCGCACAGAUGAGCUGUUUGAUCGUCUAGCAGACAACCGCUUCUUCAUGAAGAUCGAUCUUCGUAACGGUUACCACCGGAUCCGCGUUGCCGCAGAGAACCAGCCGAAGACCGCCUUCCGGUCGCACUUCGGCCAUUACGAGUUCACCGUGACGCCAUUCGGCCUCACCAAUGCACCCGCCACCUUCCAAACGGCGAUGAACAAUAUCUUCAGGGACAUCCUUGAGAAAUACGUUCUCGUAUACCUGGACGACAUCUUGGUCUACAGUCGUACCUUAGAAGACCAUAUUAGACACCUCCGCGAUGUCCUACAGUGCUUACGCAAGCAUGGCUUCUAUGCCAAGCUCAUUAAGUGUCACUUUGCCCAGCGCAAAGUGGACUUCCUAGGACACCAUGUGUCUGAUCAGGGUUUCCACAUGGACAACGCGAAGAUCACUGCUAUUGCAGAGUGGCUGUCCCCACAUCUGCCAAGCAGCUUCGCAGUUUCCUAGGCCUCACCAACUACUAUAGUAAUUUCAUUCGGGGAUACGCUAGGUAUUCCUAC